CGCAAACACAAUAGCCGAUCGGUAAACCAGGAAAUGUAACCUUUGGUGAAUUUCCCACAUUAUAGAGAUGUAACUAUAUCGGUUUGAGAGUUUCUGUCUGCAACUGAUAGAGGAACCGAUGGGAGUUAUUUGCGAUUAAAAGUGCUGUCAUGAGUAGAAAACCACUGGGUUUCGACUUGUGCAUGUCAGUGUGGGAACUUCGGUGGACAGCAGCGCACUGACACGGACACAUGCAUGAAUGAAUGCGGUGUCAACUGAAGUUCCAAUGGAUUCUAAUGAGGAUAACCAGAAUUAUGAGGACUGGAUGUCAAGUCUGCCAGAGGAGCUGUGGGAUGUGCCUCUUUCAAGUCUCGCCAUACCAGGUAACUUUAUACAACUGCAUGCAAACUGUAAAUGUUCAAAUUAAUUAAUUAAACGUCCACACUGCUCUCUCUUUCACGUUGACAGCUUGCCAAUUUGCGAUAGGCUUUCUAAUCUUCAGUAGCCUAACUCAUUUGUCUAAAGAGCCAUUCUUCCCACUCUGUAGCCUAAUCAUGAUUACAUAACCAUCCUUACAAUUAUAAUUUAAUUACAAAACAAAUUAGAGUAUUUUUCAUUCAUCCCUGUCUAGGAAGUCAUGACGCUAUGAGUUACUGCCUGGACAUCAACUCUCCUCUGAUCCGCUCCGAGUCCGACACCUUUCGAGUCCUGGAUGGUCUCUUCUACUGUCUCACCAGACCUGCCAUCUACAGGUGGUCUACCACACAGGUACAGGCCUAUACAGGUGGUCUACCACACAGGUACAGGCCUGUUGUAAAUAAACUAAAACACAAACACAGGUUAGCCCGGAGGCUUUGAAUAGACGGAAACUAGCGACUAAUGGCUAGCUAGGGUGAGCACAGGAUGAACUAUAGAGCCAUCUUCUGGUCUGAGACCUAAAUGGACGUGUGUGUUUGUGAGGAACAGUAGCUUGAGCAACAACAGCGGAAUCGGCGGUUUGCCUUCAAAAUAAAAGGCCCACAUUGAAACUGAUAACAAUUUUGGAAUAAUGUCACAACUGGACUCUGGCCCUAAUAGAAUUUAGGUACAGAUUAGAAUGACAGGUUGAGUUGGAGUCACAAGAAGUUGAACCGUGUGCCACAGGGUAAACGGUAAAGUUAAGAUGGGGGUUGGUUGAGACAUACAGGGCUGAGAGUAGGUUGCCACAGAGUUGUGGUGGCAUCGUUCUCACAUCACUCACUUCCUCUCGCUGGACAAACUUAUCACGCGGUGGUUUAUAACUUAAAGUAUCUGUGACACAGUCUGCCUGCCUGUCUGUCUUCUCAAGCCUAGGAGUCCAGUAAACCAUGCAUACAUCAUUUGGACUUCUGCUAAUUUAAGACUUCCUUAAGACCAGGCAAGAGAGAAACUGUACUCUCCUGCCCAGGUGGAAUGGCCAGUUGUUUUGGGAUUUUCUCACCCUCCUUGUCUCUCUCUCUCUCUCUCACACACACACUCCCCCUCUCCUUCCCUCUCUUCUCUCUCUCUCUCUCCAUCUCUACUCCCUCCAUUUCGGCCCUUCCCUCCCUCUGUCCCUGCUCUGGUUUUCACGAGGCCCUCCCGUGGUUCCCGGAGGAGUUGCAGGGAUUUCCUUUUUCUUUUGUAAUGCGAGCAUGGCAGAAAGCCCUCUGCUGGGGACUCACUGCUGCUAAAAGCAACGUUUUUGUGUUUCGUAGGGGACAGUGGUUGGGAUGGGAGGAGGGUGUGUGUUGCGGGUAGUGCUGAGCGAUUAACCCAAAUGUUGGUAAUUUUUUGUCUUUUAAACAACUAAUUGACCGAUUUUUAAAUAAUUUGAAAUCCAUUUCAAUCUAAUUUUUUGUGUGAGCUCAAUGCCACAUUGCACGGUUCCUCUAGAAAUAAAUCAGAUCCAGCCUGAACUGUGAGAUGUAGUAUGGAGUUGUAGUUUCCAACAGGCCAAUAUUCUACAUAGUUAAGCCAUAAAACGUGGUAAUUAACUACAAUGGACCAUAAUCCAUUGCGCAUCUACUUGUCCGGUCCGUGUUUCUUUUAUGACUGCUAUGGAAGAGAGAAGAAUGCGAGGGGAUAUAGAGAGCAGCUGCUGCUUGGCGAUGUAUCUCUACCAGAAAAUACAUGUUCUAAGUGAUUGAUAGUUGGUAUUCAGCAGUCAGAAAAGUCUGCCUUAUUUACUUUGAAGAACUACUAAAAUAGUGAUUUAGUCAGACAGCAGCUCUAUAGAGAUGAGAAGAUGACUUUGAAUAAAAUAAUAAAGUCAUCAAAUAAAACAAAUGUCAUUUACACAACAACUGAAAUAUUUUAUUAAAGUGAAUAAAUGAUGGUUAAUAAGUGAUCUGCAGGAUUUGUAUUUAUUAUGGAUCCCCAUUAGUUCCUGCCAAGGCAGCAGCUACUCUUCCUGGGGUUUAUUAUGGAUCCCCAUUAGUUCCUGUCAAGGCAGCAGCUACUCUUCCUGGGGUUUAUUAUGGAUCCCCAUUAGUUCCUGCCAAGGCAGCAGCUACUCUUCCUGGGGUUUAUUAUGGAUCCCCAUUAGUUCCUGCCAAGGCAGUAGCUACUCUUCCUGGGGUUUAUUAUGGAUCCCCAUUAGUUCCUGUCAAGGCAGCAGCUACUCUUCCUGGGGUUUAUUAUGGAUCCCCAUUAGUUCCUGUCAAGGCAGCAGCUACUCUUCCUGGGGUUUAUUAUGGAUCCCCAUUAGUUCCUGCCAAGGCAGCAGCUACUCUUCCUGGGGUUUAUUAUGGAUCCCCAUUAGUUCCUACCAAGGCAGCAGCUACUCUUCCUGGGGUUUAUUAUGGAUCCCCAUUAGUUCCUGCCAAGGCAGCAGCUACUCUUCCUGGGGUUUAUUAUGGAUCCCCAUUAGUUCCUGCCAAGGCAGCAGCUACUCUUCCUGGGGUUUAUUAUGGAUCCCCAUUAGUUCCUGCCAAGGCAGCAGCUACUCUUCCUGGGGUUUAUUAUGGAUCCCCAUUAGAUCCUGCCAAGGCAGCAGCUACUCUUCCUGGGGUUUAUUAUGGAUCCCCAUUAGUUCCUGCCAAGGUAGCAGCUACUCUUCCUGGGGUCCAGCAUCAUUAAGGCAGGUAUAUACAAUUUAAAAUAUUACAUGACAUUACAUUUCAUAACAUAACUCCACUACCACAUAUCUACAACACAUUAAGUGUGUUCCCUCAGGCCACUACUCUACUACCACAUAUCUACAACACAACAUCCAUGUGUACUGUACGUGUGUUAUCAUGUGUGUCUGUGCCUGUGUGUGUUUCUUCAGUCUUCACUGUAAUGGACUGUCACUACCAUCAUGGGACUUGUAUUCAUUGUUUAAUUAUGUGUUAUUACAGUAUCCAACCCACAUAAUGCAUAGUGCAUUUAAUGAAAAAAAAUACUUUCCGAAUGCACAUCUUGUUUUCAUUAGUCCUGACAGUCAUGGAGUAGGAACACUAAACACAUACAGUAUAUGCUCCAUUACUUUGCUCGCCAUGUCAGUAAACCUGUGGCUAUGUAUCUGGUAUAUUGGUGAAUCUAGAAACUACCUCAGUGACACUCACAGAACACAACUGUGCAAACUCAUCCCAUUUUAUUGACCCAAGAAUCAUAGGUAGGGCUGUACAGGGCAAUAUACACUGAGGAUAUGGCAAGUGUCUUCACUGACAUUUUCAACCUCUCCCUGACUGAGUCUGUAAUACCAACAUGUUUCAAGCAGACCACCAUAGUCCCUGUGCCCAAGGACACUAAGGUAACCUGCCUAAAUGACUACACUCACGUCUGUAGCCAUGAAGUGCUUUGAAAGGCUGGUCAUGGCUCACAUCAACACCAUUAUCCCAGAAACCCUAGACCCACUCCAAUUUGCAUGCCGCCCCAACAGAUCCACAGAUGAUGCAAUCUCUAUUGCACUCCACACUGCCCUUUGCCACCUGGACAAGAGGAACACCUACGUGAGAAUGCUAUUCAUUGACUACAGCUCAACAUUCAACACCAUAGUGCCCACAAAGCUCAUCACUAAGCUAAGGACCCUGGGACUAAACACCUCCCUCUGCAACUGGAUCCUGGACUUCCUGAUGGGCCGCCCCCAGGUGGUAAGGGUAGGUAAAAACACAUCUGUCACGCUGAUCCUCAGCACGACUCCAACACCAUCAUUAAGUUUGCCGACGACACAACAGUGGUAGGCCUGAUCACCGACAACGAUGAGACAGCCUAUAGGGAGGAGGUCAGAGACCUGGCAGAGUGGUGCCAGGAUAACAACCUCUCCCUCAACGUGACCAAGACAAAGGAGAUGAUUGUGGACUACAGGAAAAGGAAGGCCGAACACGCCCCCAUUAACAUCGACGGGGCUGUAGUGGAACAGGUUGAGAGCUUCAAGUUUCUUGGUGUCCACAUCACUAAGGACCUAUCAUGGUCCAAACACACCAAGACGUGAAGAGGGCACGAAAAAGCCUUUCCCCCUCAGGAGACUGAAAAGAUUUGGCAUGGGUCCUCAGAUCCUCAAAAAGUUAUACAGCUGCACCAUCGAGAUCAUCCUGACUGGUUGCAUCACCGCCUGGUAUGGCAACUGCUCGGCCCCCGACUGCAAGGCACUACAGAGGGUAGUGCGUACGGCCCAGUACAUCACUGGAGCCAAGCUUCCUGCCAUCCAGGACAUAGACUGUUCUCUCUGCUACCGCACGGCAAGCGGUACCGGAGCGCCAAGUCUAGGUCCAAAAGGCUUCUUAACAGCUUCUACCCCCAAGCCAUAAGACUCCUGAACAGCUAAUCAUGGCUACCCAGACUAUUUGCAUUGCCCCCCCCACCCCCACCCCACCCCCCUCUUUUACGCUGCUGCUACUCUGUUAAUUAUUUAUGCCUAGUCACUUUAACUCUACCCACAUGUACAUAUUACCUCAAUUACCUCGACUAACCGGUGCCCCCGCACAUUGAUUCUGUACCGGUACCCUGUAUAUAUAGCCUCCCUACUGUUAUUUUAUUUUACUGCUGCUCUUUAAUUAUUUGCUAUUUUCAAUUUUUUACUUGUCUAUUUUUUCUUUUCUUAAAACUGCAUUGUUGGUUAAGGGCUUGUAAGGAAGUAUUUCACUAUAAUGUCUACACCUGUUGUAUUCGGCGCAUGUGGCAAAUAACAUUUGAUUUAAAUAAAAAAUAAAUAAAUAUGCCAUUUAGCAGACGCUUUUAUCCAAAGCGACUUACAGUGAUGCGUGCAUACAUAUAUUUAUUUUGUGUAUGGGUGGUCCCGGGGAUCGAACCCACUACCUUGGCGUUACAAGCGCCGUGCUCUACCAGCUGAGCUACAGAGGAUUUGAUACCAAACAUUCAGAACACCUUCCUAAUAUUGAGUUGCACCUCCUUUUGCCUUCAGAACAGCCUCAAUUCGUCAAGGUGUCAAAAGCGUUCCACAGGGAUGCUGGCCCAUGUUGACUCCAAUGCUUCCCACAGUUGUGUCAAGUUGGCUGGAUGUCCUUUGGGUGGUGGACCAUUCUUGAUACACACAGGAAACUGUUGAGUGUGAAAAACCCAGCAGUGUUGCAGUUCAUGACACAAACCGAUGAGCCUGGCACCUACUACCAUACCCCGUUCAAAGGCACUUAAAUAUUUUGUCUUGCCCAUUCACCCUCUGAAUGGCACACAUACACAAUCCAUGUCUCAAGGCUUAAAAAUCCUUAUUUAACCUGUCUCCUCUCCUUCAUCUACACCAGGGAUGGGCAACUGGCAUGGCCCCCAGGUAGGGGCGUGGAUCAGAAAACCAGUCAGUAUCUGGUGUAACCACCAUUUGCCUCAUGCAACGGACACGUCUCCUUCGCAUAGAGUUGAUCAGGCUGUUGUGGCCUGUGGAAUGUUGUCCCACUCUUCUUCACUGGCUGUGCGAAGUUGCUGGAUAUUGGCGGGAACUGGAACACGCUGUCGUCCUGGGCUGGCGUGGUUACAUGUGGUCUGCGGUUGUGAGGCCAGUUGGACGUCCUGCCAAAUACUCUAAAACAACGGAGGCAGCUUAUGGUAGAGAAAUGAACAUUAAAGUCUCUGGCAACAGCUCUGGUGGACAUUCCUGCAGUCAGCAUGCCAAAUGCACACUCCCUGAAAACUUGAGACAUCUGUGGCAUAGUGUUGUGCGACAAAACUGCACAUUUUAGAGUGGCCUUUUAUUGUCCCCAGCACAAGGUGCACCUGUGUAAUGAUCAUGCUGUUUAAUCAGCUUCUUGAUAUGCCACACCUGUCAGGUGGAUGGAUUAUCUUGGCAAAGGAGAAAUGCUCACUAACAGGGAUGUAAACAAAUGUGUGCACAACAUUUGAGAGAAAUAAGCUUUUUGUGCGUAUGGAACAUUGCUGGGCUCUUUUAUUUCAGCUCAUGAAACAUUGGACAAACACUUUACAUGUUGCGUUUAUAUUUUUAUUCAGUGUAUAUAUAAACAUUUUCUUUAGGAACUCAGUCGGGGUCUCAAUUUACUGUUGAGAGUUAUGUGGUUGUGCAUCUGCAGUCACUUAAUUAGCCCAUGUCAGUAAUUUUAUUUUUGAUUGGUAAGUUAGUAUUGCAGCCAGCUAUCUAAACUUGUAGUAAUCAUGGUCGAAUUACCGACCGGGGUGGGGCCCUUUGAUCAUUGGUACCUCCUGCAUGCUGACCCGGUAGCGACGAACCUUCAGAUUCUACUGCUCAUCAGUGACCAACAACUUGGCUUUGAGCCAAUCAGAGAGUACGAACCCCCACGUGGGGGGAGCCAACAAAAAAAAGGGACAAAGAGGGCAUUUUGUCCGUACACCGACGGAUGAGCCAGUCACACUUCAAAUGCAAUGUAAACUAUGGGAUUGUAAAUGCACACUGAAUUCUUCCUCCAAGCUAGCAUUAUGAUUAAAUUACAAUGGAUUAGCUAGUUUCCAUGAAACAGCUGCCUGUGUUAGUUGCCGAGUUAGUGCAGUGUCCUUAGCUAGUUAGCUUUGUUGUGCUAGCUAGCUAAACAUUUAGCUAAGGUCUGGCAUUGGCAGUAUGGGAUUAUGGAGAGUAAAUUAAAUUGUUUCUUCGUCAUUUUGCUAGGUAGUUAACUAGCUGUGGCCAUCUGGCUUAUAUCAACAAGGGCUUUCUACAAAUAACAACAUUAGUGCAGAUAGCUGGGAAUCUAGACCAUAAGUAAUACGCACGGAUAUGCAUUGCCAAACAACGCUACUGCCACCUUCUGGUUUGGAGUAUUUUAACAAGGCUGAGUGGCUGACGACUUCCAAGGUCUUUGCUGUGUGAACACAAAAGAGAUUGACUGCCCACACUGUUCAGAGGUGCUAAGUACUGUCGGCAGUCCUACCGGUGUCUGAGCAGCAGAAACAUCGCUAGACCAACACACUCUCCUCUCCAGACCAACACACUCUCCUCUCCAGACCAACUCUCUCCUCUCCAGACCAACACUCUCCUCUCCAGACCAACACACUCUCCUCUCCAGACCAACACACUCUCCUCUCCAGACCAACACUCUCUCCUCUCCAGACCAACACUCUCUCCUCUCCAGACCAACACUCUCUCCUCUCCAGACCAACACUCUCUCCUCUCCAGACCAACUCUCUCUCCUCUCCAGACCAACACUCUCUCCUCUCCAGACCAACUCUCUCCUCUCCAGACCAACACUCUCUCCUCUCCAGACCAACUCUCUCCUCUCCAGACUAACUCUCUCCUCUCCAGACCAACUCUCUCCUCUCCUCUCAAGACCAACUCUCUCCUCUCCAGACCAACUCGCUCCUCUCCAGACCAACAAGCUCCUCUCCAGACCAACACUCUCCUCUCCAGAUCUACUCUCUCCUCUCCAGACCAAAACUCUUUCCUCUCCAGACCAAAACUCUCUCCUCUCCAGACCAACACACUCUCCCUCUCCAGACCAACACUCUCUCCUCUCCAGACCAACACUCUCUCCUCUCCAGACCAACUCUCUCCUCUCCAGACCAACACUCUCCUCUCCAGACCAACUCUCUCCUCUUCAGACCAACACUCUCUCCUCUCCAGACCAACACUCUCUCCUCUCCAGACCAACACUCUCUCCUCUCCAGACCAACUCUCUCUCCUCUCCAGACCAACACUCUCUCCUCUCCAGACCAACUCUCUCCUCUCCAGACCAACACUCUCUCCUCUCCAGACCAACUCUCUCCUCUCCAGACUAACUCUCUCCUCUCCAGACCAACUCUCUCCUCUCCUCUCCAGACCAACUCUCUCCUCUCCAGACCAACUCGCUCCUCUCCAGACCAACUCGCUCCUCUCCAGACCAACACUCUCCUCUCCAGAUCUACUCUCUCCUCUCCAGACCAAAACUCUUUCCUCUCCAGACCAAAACUCUCUCCUCUCCAGACCAACACACUCUCCCUCUCCAGACCAACACUCUCUCCUCUCCAGACCAACACUCUCUCCUCUCCAGACCAACUCUCUCCUCUCCAGACCAACACACUCUCCCUCUCCAGACCAACUCUCUCCCCUCCAGACCAACUCUCUCCUCUCCAGACCAACACUCUCUCCUCUCCAGACCAACACUCUCCUCUCCAGACCAACUCUCUCCUCUCCAGACCAACUCUCUCCUCUUCAGACCAACACUCUCUCCUCUCCAGCACUCUCCAACACUCUCUCCUCUCCAAAACUCCCCAACACACUCUCCUCUCCUGACCAACACUCUCCUCUCCUGACCAACACUCUCCUCUCCAGACCAACACUCUCUCCUCUUCAGACCAACUCUCUCCUCUCCAGACCAACACUCUCCUCUCCAGACCAACCCUCUCCUCUCCAGACCAACACUCUCUCCUCUCCAGACCAAAACUCUCUCCUCUCUAGACCAAAACUCUCUCCUCUCCAGACCAACACACUCUCCCUCUCCAGACCAACACUCUCUCCUCUCCAGACCAACACUCUCUCCUCUCCAGACCAACAAUCUCUCCUCUCCAGACCAACACUCUCCUCUCCAGACCAACACUCUCCUCUCCAGACCAACACUCUCCUCUCCAGACCAACUCUCUCCUCUCCAGACCAACACUCUCCUCUCCAGACCAACACUCUCCUCUCCAGACCAACUCUCUCCUCUCCAGACCAACUCUCUCCUCUCCAGACCAACUCUCUCCUCUUCAGACCAACACUCUCUCCUCUCCAGCACUCUCCAACACUCUCUCCUCUCCAGCACUCUCCAACACUCUCUCCUCUCCAGACCAACACUCUCCUCUCCAGACCAACACUCUCCUCUCCAGACCAACACUCUCCUCUCCAGACCAACACUCUCUCCUCUCUUGCAAGAUGCACAAUUAAAGGGGAAUUACACAAAAAAAUCAAAAUUUUAGUUUUUUUUCCCAGACCAAAAAAAUGGUCUUAUGGUGUGAUUUAAGCGUUGAAAUGGAGUCAGAACAUCAAUUGUCGUUGUUUCUAUAUGAAUAAUUGUACUAUUGAGAGUAAAAAACAGAAACAAAUCCUAAACCAAGAAAAAGAAAACGGAGAAAACUGAAUUCAGUUUAAAUACUACGUUUUGUCUUUCUUCCUGCCAUAAAAUAAUGUGUUUUCUUUUUUCCCUUCAAACAGGAGAAAGAUAUUGUGGAGCAGCUUUCAAAGGGGAUUCGAUACUUCGACCUCAGAAUCGCCCACAAACCGUACGACCCGUCCAACGAACUGUAUUUUACACACGUCAUUUACACUCAUCUGACAGUGAUGGUGAGUAGAAGGAAUACUAGGUCUACCUGCUUUAUAGGAAACCAGCCUAAACAAAGUGCUUUAUAGGAAACCAGCCUAAACAAAGUGCUUUAUAGGAAACCAGUCUAAACAAAGUGCUUUAUAGGAAACCAGCCUAAACAAAGUGCUUUAUAGGAAACCAGCCUAAACAAAGUGCUUUAUAGGAAACCAGCCUAAACAAAGUGCUUUAUAGGAAACCAGCCUAAACAAAGUGCUUUAUAGGAAACCAGCCUAAACAAAGUGCUUUAUAGGAAACCAGCCUAAACAAAGUGCUUUAUAGGAAACCAGCCUAAACAAAGUGCUUUAUAGGAAACCAGCCUAAACAAAGUGCUUUAUAGGAAACCAGCCUAAACAAAGUGCUUUAUAGGAAACCAGUCUAAACAAAGUGCUUUAUAGGAAACCAGCCUAAACAAAGUGCUUUAUAGGAAACCAGUCUAAACAAAGUGCUUUAUAGGAAACCAGCCUAAACAAAGUGCUUUAUAGGAAACCAGCCUAAACAAAGUGCUUUAUAGGAAACCAGCCUAAACAAAGUGCUUUAUAGGAAACCAGCCUAAACAAAGUGCUUUAUAGGAAACCAGCCUAAACAAAGUGCUUUAUAGGAAACCAGCCUAAACAAAGUGCUUUAUAGGAAACCAGCCUAAACAAAGUGCUUUAUAGGAAACCAGCCUAAACAAAGUGCUUUAUAGGAAACCAGCCUAAACAAAGUGCUUUAUAGGAAACCAGCCUAAACAAAGUGCUUUAUAGGAAACCAGCCUAAACAAAGUGCUUUAUAGGAAACCAGCCUAAACAAAGUGCUUUAUAGGAAACCAGCCUAAACAAAGUGCUUUAUAGGAAACCAGCCUAAACAAAGUGCUUUAUAGGAAACCAGCCUAAACAAAGUGCUUUAUAGGAAACCAGCCUAAACAAAGUGCUUUAUAGGAAACCAGUCUAAACAAAGUGCUUUAUAGGAAACCAGCCUAAACAAAGUGCUUUAUAGGAAACCAGCCUAAACAAAGAGCUUUAUAGGAAACCAGUCUAAACAAAGUGCUUUAUAGGAAACCAGUCUAAACAAAGUGCUUUAUAGGAAACCAGCCUAAACAAAGUGCUUUAUAGGAAACCAGCCUAAACAAAGAGCUUUAUAGGAAACCAGUCUAAACAAAGUGCUUUAUAGGAAACCAGUCUAAACAAAGUGCUUUAUAGGAAACCAGCCUAAACAAAGUGCUUUAUAGGAAACCAGUCUAAACAAAGUGCUUUAUAGGAAACCAGCCUAAACAAAGUGCUUUAUAGGAAACCAGUCUAAACAAAGUGCUUUAUAGGAACCCAGCCUAAAUCUUUGAAGCUGGAGACUCUUAUCUCCCUCACUAACUUUAAGCAUCAGUUGUCAGAGCAGCUUACCGAUCACUGCACCUGUACACAGCCCAUCUGAAAUUAGCCCACCCAACUACCUCAUCCCCAUAUUGUUAUUUAUUUUGCUAAUUUGCACCCCAGUAUCUCUAUUUGCACAUCAUUUUCUGCACAUCUAUCAUUCCAGUGUUAAUACUAAAUUGUAAUUAUUUUGCACUAUGGCCUAUUUAUUGCCUUACCUCCAUAACUUACUACAUUUGCACACACUGUAUAUAGAUUUUCUAUUGUGUUAUUGACUGUAUGUUUUGUUUUACCCCAUAUGUAACUCUGUGUUGUUGUUUUUAUCGCACUGCUUUGCUUUAUCUUGGCCAGGUCGCAGUUGUAAAUGAGAACUUGUUCUCAACUGGCUUACCUGGUUAAAUAAAGGUGAAAUAAAUAAAUAAAUAAAUAAAAUAAAAACCCCAAAGACCAAGUAGAAACAGAAGAGAGAAGAUCUCUCUAAAAAGAAUACGCAAUAUUGGGAGGAUCAUUUCUCAUAUAUGUAGUAUUUCCUGUCUGGUGGCUGUACAGGAAACUCUGAGGGCCGUAGUCUUGUGGCUGGAGUCCCACUCCAAGGAGGUUGUCAUCCUAGCAUGCAGUCACUUUGAAGGACUCGACGAAAAACUACAUGAACAUUUCAUUUUCUCACUGAAGAAAAUCUUUGGGUCUAAACUCUGUCCUUGCAAGGUAAGCUUCGUUAUUUCUAUUACUGUAGUCAAUAGCUGAAAAGACUGAUGCAGUUACAACAUUUUUGCUAAUAAUUACCAGUAGGUCUCUAUAGAAUUGGAUUGCUUUAUUGAAAAUACUGUAUUUCUUCAGUAAAUGAAGUUAAUGUUAAUGUUCAGCAUGAGAGAAGGCUUCACUAGCUGCCCAAUACUACCUACACAUAUCACUAGCUGCCCAAUACUACCUACACAUAUCACUAGCUGCCCAAUACUACAUACACAUAUCACUAGCUGCCCAAUACUACCUACACAUAUCACUAGCUGCCCAAUACUACCUACACAUAUCACUAGCUGCCCAGUAUUACCUACACAUAUCACUAGCUGCCCAAUACUACCUACACAUAUCACUAGCUGCCCAAUACUACCUACACAUAUCACUAGCUGCCCAAUACUACCUACACAUAUCACUAGCUGCCCAAUACUACAUACACAUAUCACUAGCUGCCCAAUACUACCUACACAUAUCACUAGCUGCCCAAUACUACCUACACAUAUCACUAGCUGCCCAGUAUUACCUACACAUAUCACUAGCUGCCCAAUACUACCUACACAUAUCACUAGCUGCCCAAUACUACCUACACAUAUCACUAGCUGCCCAAUACUACCUACACAUAUCACUAGCUGCCCAAUACUACCUACACAUAUCACUAGCUGCCCAGAACUACCUACACAUAUCACUAGCUGCCCAAUACUACCUACACAUAUCACUAGCUGCCCAGUACUACCUACACAUAUCACUAGCUGCCCAAUACUACCUACACAUAUCACUAGCUGCCCAAUACUACCUACACAUAUCACUAGCUGCCCAAUACUACCUACACAUAUCACUAGCUGCCCAAUACUACCUACACAUAUCACUAGCUGCCCAAUACUACCUACACAUAUCACUAGCUGCCCAAUACUACCUACACAUAUCACUAGCUGCCCAGUACUACCUACACAUAUCACUAGCUGCCCAGUACUACCUACACAUAUCACUAGCUGCCCAGUAUUACCUACACAUAUCACUAGCUGCCCAAUACUACCUACACAUAUCACUAGCUGCCCAGUAUUACCUACACAUAUCACUAGCUGCCCAGUAUUACCUACACAUAUCACUAGCUUCCCAAUACUACCUACACAUAUCACUAGCUGCCCAAUACUACCUACACAUAUCACUAGCUGCCCAGUAUUACCUACACAUAUCACUAGCUGCCCAAUAAUACCUACACAUAUCACUAGCUGCCCAAUACUACCUACACAUAUCACUAGCUGCCCAAUACUACCUACACAUAUCACUAGCUGCCCAGUACUACCUACACAUAUCACUAGCUGCCCAGUACUACCUACACAUAUCACUAGCUGCCCAGUACUACCUACACAUAUCACUAGCUGCCCAAUACUACCUACACAUAUCACUAGCUGCCCAAUACUACCUACACAUAUCACUAGCUGCCCAAUACUACCUACACAUAUCACUAGCUGCCCAAUACUACCUACACAUAUCACUAGCUGCCCAGUACUACCUACACAUAUCACUAGCUGCCCAAUACUACCUACACAUAUCACUAGCUGCCCAAUACUACCUACACAUAUCACUAGCUGCCCAAUACUACCUACACAUAUCACUAGCUGCCCAGUACUACCUACACAUAUCACUAGCUGCCCAAUACUACCUACACAUAUCACUAGCUGCCCAAUACUACCUACAACAUAUCACUAGCUGGCCCAAUACUACCUACACAUAUCACUAGCUGCCCAAUACUACCUACACAUAUCACUAGCUGCCCAAUACUACCUACACAUAUCACUAGCUGCCCAAUACUACCUACACAUAUCACUAGCUGCCCAAUACUACCUACACAUAUCACUAGCUGCCCAAUACUACCUACACAUAUCACUAGCUGCCCAGUACUACCUACACAUAUCCACUAGCUGCCCAAUACUACCUACACAUAUCACUAGCUGCCCAGUACUACCUACACAUAUCACUAGCUGCCCAAUACUACCUACACAUAUCACUAGCUGCCCAGUACUACCUACACAUAUCACUAGCUGCCCAAUACUACCUACACAUAUCACUAGCUGCCCAAUACUACCUACACAUAUCACUAGCUGCCCAAUACUUACCUACACAUAUCACUAGCUGCCCCAAUACUACCUACACAUAUCACUAGCUGCCCAAUACUACCUACACAUAUCACUAGCUGCCCAAUACUACCUACACAUAUCACUAGCUGCCCAAUACUACCUACACAUAUCACUAGCUGCCCAAUACUACCUACACAUAUCACUAGCUGCCCAAUACUACCUACACAUAUCACUAGCUGCCCAAUACUACCUACACAUAUCACUAGCUGCCCAAUACUACCUACACAUAUCACUAGCUGCCCAAUACUACCUACACAUAUCACUAGCUGCCCAUACUACCUACACAUAUCACUAGCUGCCCAAUACUACCUACACAUAUCACUAGCUGCCCAAUACUACCUACACAUAUCACUAGCUGCCCAAUACUACCUACACAUAUCACUAGCUGCCCAAUACUACCUACACAUAUCACUAGCUGCCCAAUACUACCUACACAUAUCACUAGCUGCCCAGUACUACCUACACAUAUCACUAGCUGCCCAACACUACCUACACAUAUCACUAGCUGCCCUACUACCUACACAUAUCACUAGCUGCCCAAUACUACCUACACAUAUCACUAGCUGCCCAAGUACUACCUACACAUAUCACUAGCUGCCCAAUACUACUACCUACACAUAUCACUAGCUGCCCCAAUACUACCUACACAUAUCACUAGCUGCCCAAUACUACCUACAUAUAUCACUAGCUGCCCAAUACUACCUACACAUAUCACUAGCUGCCCAGUACUACCUACACAUAUCACUAGCUGCCCAAUACUACCUACACAUAUCACUAGCUGCCCAAUACUACCUACACAUAUCACUAGCUGCCCAUACUACCUACACAUAUCACUAGCUGCCCAAUACUACCUACACAUAUCACUAGCUGCCCAAUACUACCUACACAUAUCACUAGCUGCCCAAUACUACCUACACAUAUCACUAGCUGCCCAAUACUACCUACACAUAUCACUAGCUGCCCAAUAUACCUACACAUAUCACUAGCUGCCCAGUACUACCUACACAUAUCACUAGCUGCCCAAUACUACCUACACAUAAUCACUAGCUGCCCAUACUACUACCUACACAUAUCACUAGCUUGCCAACCUACACAUAUCCUUAGCUGCCCAAUACUCUACUCCCUACACAUAUCACUAGCUGCCCCAAAUACUUACCUACAAUAUCACUAGCUGCCCAAUACUACAUACACAUAUCACUAGCCUGCCCGAGUACUACCUACACAUAUCACUAGCCUGCCCAAUACUACCUACACAUAUCUACUAGCUGCCCAAUACUACCAUACACGAUCACUGGUCUGGCCCCAAUAAUACCUAACACAUAUCACUAGCUGCCCAAUACUACCUACACAUAUCACUAUCUGCCCAAUACUACCAUACAACAUAUCCUAGCUGCCCAGAGUACUACCUACACAUAUCACUAGCUGCCCAAGUACUAACCUACAACAUAUCACUAGCUGCCCAUACUACCUACACAUAUUCACUAGCUCUGGCCCAAUUACUACCUACACAUAUCACUAGCUGCCCAAUACUACCUAAACCAUAUCACUAGCUGCCCAAUACUACCUACCACAUAGCACUAGCCUGCCAAUACUACCUACACAUAUCACUCAAGAUCAUAGUGCCCAAUACUACCUACACAUAUCACUAGCUGCCCAAUCUACCUACACAAUCAUAGAUGCCCCGUACUACCUACAAUAUCACUAGCUGCCAGUACUACCUACACAUAUCCACUAGCUGCCCAAUUACGACCUACACAUAUCACUUAGCUUCCCAGUACUACCUACACAUAUCCAACUAGCUCCCAGUACUACCUACAACAUAUCACUAGCUGCCCAGUACUUACCUACACAUAUCACUAGCUGCCCAGUACUACCUAACACUAAUCACUAGCUGCCCAGGAGUUACUACCUAACAUAUCACUAGCUGCCCAGUACUACCUACACAUAUCACUAGCUGCCCAAGUAUUACCUACACAAUCACUAGCUGCCCCAGUAUUACCUACACAUAUCACUAGCUGCCCAAUAUACCUACACAUAUCACUAGCUGCCCCAAUACUACCUACACAUACACUAGCUGCCCAAUACUACCUACACAUAUCACUAGCUGCCCAGUACUACCUACAAUAUCACUAGCUGCCCAGUACUACUACACAUAUCACUAGCUGCCCAGUAUUACCUACACAUAUCACUAGCUGCCCAGUAUUACCUACACAUAUCACUAGCUGCCCAGUAUACCUACACAUAUCACUAGCUGCCCAAUACUACCUACAUAUCACUAGCUGCCCAAUACUACCUACACAUAUCACUAGCUGCCCAAUACUACCUACACAUAUCACUAGCUGCCCAAUACUACCUACACAUAUCACUAGCUGCCCAGUACUACCUACACAUAUCACUAGCUGCCCAGUACUUCCUACACAUAUCAUAGCUGCCCAAUACUACCUACACAUAUCACUAGCUGCCCAAUACUACCUACAAAUAUCACUAGCUGCCCAGUACUACCUACACAUAUCACUAGCUGCCCAGUACUACCUACACAUAUCACUAGCUGCCCAAUACUACCUACACAUAUCACUAGCUGCCCAUACUACCUACACAUAUCACUAGCUGCCCAGUACUACCUACACAUAUCACUAGCUGCCCAAUACUACCUACACAUAUCACUAGCUGCCCAGAUACUACCUAGCAUACAUACACUAGCUGCCCAUACUACCUACACAUAUCACUAGCUGCCCAUACUACCUACACAUAUCACUAGCUGCCCAAUACUACCUACACAUAUCACUAGCUCCCAAUACUACCUACACAUAUCACUAGCUGCCCAAUACUACCUACAAUAUCACUAGCUGCCCAAUACUACCUACACAUAUCACUAGCUGCCCAGUACUACCUACCACAUAUCACAUAGCUGCCCAAUACUACCUACACAUAUCACUAGCUGCCCAAUACUACCUACACAUAUCACUAGCUGCCCAUACUACCUACACAUAUCACUAGCUGCCCAAUACUACCUACACAUAUCACUAGCUGCCCAAUACUACCUACACAUAUCACUAGCUGCCCAAUACUACCUACACAUAUCACUAGCUGCCCAAUACUACCUACACAUAUCACUAGCUGCCCAAUACUACCUACACAUAUCACUAGCUGCCCAUACUACCUACACAUAUCACUAGCUGCCCAAUACUACCUACCAAUAUCACUAGCUGCCCAAUACUACCUACACAUAUCACUAGCUGCCCAAUACUACCUACACAUAUCACUAGCUGCCCAAUACUACCUACACAUAUCACUAGCUGCCCAAUACUACCUACACAUAUCACUAGCUGCCCAAUACUACCUACACAUAUCACUAGCUGCCCAUACUACCUACACAUAUCACUAGCUGCCCAUACUACCUACACAUAUCACUAGCUGCCCAAUACUACCUACACAUAUCACUAGCUGCCCAGUACUACCUACACAUAUCACUAGCUGCCCAUACUACCUACACAUAUCACUAGCUGCCCAGUACUACCUACACAUAUCACUAGCUGCCAUACUACCUACACAUAUCACUAGCUGCCCAUACUACCUACACAUAUCACUAGCUGCCCAGUACUACCUACACAUAUCACUAGCUGCCCAGUACUACCUACACAUAUCACUAGCUGCCCAAUACUACCUACACAUAUCACUAGCUGCCCAAUACUACCUACACAUAUCACUAGCUGCCCAAUACUACCUACACAUAUCACUAGCUGCCCAGUACUACCUACACAUAUCACUAGCUGCCCAGUACUACCUACACAUAUCACUAGCUGCCCAGUACUACCUACACAUAUCACUAGCUGCCCAGUACUACUACACAUAUCACUAGCUGCCCAGUACUACCUACACAUAUCACUAGCUGCCCAGUACUACCUACACAUAUCACUAGCUGCCCAUACUACCUACACAUAUCACUAGCUGCCCAUAUACCUACACCUAUCACUAGCUGCCCAGUACUACCUACACAUAUCACUAGCUGCCCAUACUACCACACAUAUCACUAGCUGCCCAUACUACCUACACAUAUCACUAGCUGCCCAUACUACCUACAAAUAUCACUAGCUGCCCAGUAUACCUACACAUAUCACUAGCUGCCCAGUACUACCUACACAUAUCACUAGCUGCCCAAUACUACCUACACAUAUCACUAGCUGCCCAGUACUACCUACACAUAUCACUAGCUGCCCAGUACUACCUACACAUAUCACUAGCUGCCCAUACUACCCACACAUAUCACUAGCUGCCCAGUACUACCUACACAUAUCACUAGCUGCCCAAUACUACCUACACAUAUCACUAGCUGCCCAGUACUACCUACACAUAUCACUAGCUGCCCAAUACUACCUACACAUAUCACUAGCUGCCCAAUACUACCUACACAUAUCACUAGCUGCCCAGUACUACCUACACAUAUCACUAGCUGCCCAAUACUACCUACACAUAUCACUAGCUGCCCAGUACUACCUACACAUAUCAUAGCGCCCAAUACUACCUACACUAUCACUAGCUGCCCAGAUACUACCUACACAUAUCACUAGCUGCCCAGUUACUACCUACACAUAUCACUAGCUGCCCAUACUACCUACACAUAUCACUAGCUGCCAAUACUACCUACACAUAUCACUAGCUGCCCAAUACUACCUACACAUAUUCACUAGCUGCCCAAUACUACCUACACAUAUCACUAGCUGCCCAAUACUACCUACACAUAUCACUAGCUGCCCAAUACUACCUACACAUAUCACUAGCUGCCCAGUACUACCUACACAUAUCACUAGCUGCCCAAUACUACCUACACAUAUCACUAGGAUGCUAUCCUUUCUCUGCCCAGGGCUGAAGUAGUGUGCUAUAGGGUGCCAAAUGGGACACAGCCUAUAACAGAGGUCCUGUCCUUAUGUCUCUCCCUCCAGGGGUCAGUGGUGACCCUGCGUGGUCUGUGGGCGAUGGGUUACCAGGUGCUGCUGUCGUAUGAUGACCAGUCAGCAGCACGACACCAGGCUCUGUGGCCAGCGAUACCUUACUGGUGGGCCAACCAAAACACGUCCAGCGGGGUGGUCAGCUAUCUGGACUGGCAGAAAGAUAUGGGACGCCCAGGUAUGGGAAAAGCCCUAGACUAUGACUAUGACUGUGCUCCUGAGUGGCGCAGUGGUCUAAGGCACUGCAUCGCAGUGCUAACUGUGCCACUAGAGAUCCUGGUUCGAAUCCAGGCUCUGUCGCAGCCGGCCGCGACCGGGAGACUCAUGGGCGGCGCACAAUUGGCCCAGCGUCGUCCAGGGUAGGGGAGGGAAUGGCCGGCAGGGAUGUAGCUCAGUUGAUAGAGCAUGGCGUUUGCAACGCCAGGGUUGUGGGUUUGAUUCCCACGGGGGGCCAGUAUAAAAAAAAUAUAUAUGUAAGUCGCUCUGGAUAAGAGCGUCUGCUAAAUGACUAAAAUGUAAAUGUAAAAGUACUAAAUGACUUUGAGGUUGAGGUUCAGACAUGUUACAGUGCACAGUCUUCACAUUUUGCUGGCUUAGAAUUCAAUCCCAAAAAAUUAUUACAUUAAUUUAUUUCCUACAGAUCUACACAACCUACUAGAUAUUUUUCCAAAUGAAUAAAAAAUGAAGAUGUCUUAAUAGCGUAUGUCUUCUCAAUCCAAGAGAUAAUACUUGGUGGAAGAACCUUUGGCAGCCAUUACAGCUGUGAAUCUUUUUGAAUAAGAUUCUACCAACUGCACAACUCAAGUUUUGUGGUUUCAGCAUCAUGUUAUGGGUAUGCUUGUCACCGGCAGGACUGGGGAGUUUCAGGAGCAAGAUAAAUAUGAAAAGGAGCAAAGCCCAGGUAAAAACUUAAAUGAAAACCCACCGUAGUCUUCUGUAAACCUAACCCUGGAAUAUAGUUGCAUUUUUCAGCAGGACAAUUACAAGAAAAUGUAUGCCAAAGACACCAGAAUGGUUUUCCAAGAGGUGGUAAAUGUUGCUGAAUGGUUUGAAUAUUGCUGUCCAUCAAUAUCUCCUGAUCAGAUCUACUGAGCAAUUCUGACAAAAAACUAUGGAUAGACAGUAUGUUGCCCUAAGAGUUGUGUUGGUAGAAUCUUAUUUAAAAUAAUUCUCAUCUGUAAUGCAUUUUACAUUUUAGUCAUUUAGCAGACGCUCUUAUCCAGAGCAUACAUUAUUUUAAUUUUUUUUAAUGGCUGCCAAAGAUGCUUCCACCAAGUAUUUCCUCUGGGGUGUGAAGACAUAUGCAAACAACACAUCUUCAUUUUUUUAAAGGUUGUGUUUAUCAGUAUGAUUUUUUAAAUGACAUUUAGGGCUCUAUUCAAUGAGAUCCGCUUUAGCCGACAUCUGCAUAGCAUAUACAGUAUGGAGCACAAACCCACAUGUUAAAAAUGGUUACCACAAGGUUAGAAAAACACCUACCAUGUUUUUCCAUUAGAUAUCCCGUAUCUGUGGUUAAAACGCUUGUAUCGCCCUAGUUAUAACACUGUACCAACUGAAAAACAGGGCUGGGCAAUGGUAAAAAGUAGUGCACUAUAUAGGAAAUAGGGUGCCAUUUGGGAUGCACACCAGAUCAAAUGCUGGCACUAAGACCGCAUUCAACGAGCUGUAUAAGGCCAUAAGCAAACAAGAAAAUGCUCAUCCAGAAGCGGCGCUCCUAGUCGCCGGGGACUUUAAUGCAGGCAAACUUAAAUCCGUUUUACAUAAUUUCUACCAGCGUGUGACGUGCAACCAGAGGAAAAUAAAUUCUAGACCACCUUUACUCCACACACAGAGACGCAUACAAAGCUCUCCCUCGCCCUCCAUUUGGCAAAUCUGACCAUAAUUCUAUCCUCCUGAUUCCUGCUUAUAAGCAAAAACUAAAGCAGGAAGCACCAGUGACUCGCUCAAUACGGAAUUGUUCAGAUCACCAUCAUCCCGGAAACCCUAGACCCACUCCAAUUCGCAUACCGCCCCAACAGAUCCACAGAUGACGCAAUCUCAAUCGCACUCCACACUGCCCUUUCCCACCUGGACAAGAGGAACACCUAUGUGAGAAUGUUAUUCAUUGACUACAGCUCAGCGUUCAACACCAUAGUGCCCUCUAAGCUCAUCACUAAGCUAAGGACCCUAGGACUAAACACCUCCCUCUGCAACUGGAUCCUGGACUUCCUGACGGGCCGCCCCCAGGUGGUAAGGGUAGGUAACAACACAUCCGCCAUGCUGAUCCUCAACACGGGGGCCCCUCAGGGGUGCGUGCUCAGUCCUCUCCCCUCCACGACUGCGUGGCCAAGCACGACUCCAACACCAUCAUUAAGUUUGCUGACGACACAACAGUGGUAGGCCUGAUCACCGACAACGAUGAGACAGCCUAUAGGGAGGAGGUCAGAGACCUGGCAGAGUGGUGCCAGGACAACAACCUCUCCCUCAAUGUGAGCAAGACAAAGUAGCUGAUCGUGAACUACAGGAAAAGGAAGGCCGAACACGCCCCCAUUAACAUCGACGGGGCUGUAGUGGAGCGGGUCGAGAGUUUCAAGUACCUUGGUGUCCACAUCACCAACAAACUAUCAUGGUCCAAACACACCAAGACAGUCGUGAAGAAGGCACGACAAAACCUAUUCCCCCUCAGGAGACUGAAAAGAUUUGGCAUGGUUCUCCAGAUCCUCAAAACGUUCUACAGCUGCACCAUCAAGAGCAUCCUGACUGGUUACAUCACCGCCUGGUAUGGCAACUGCUCGGCCUCCGACUGCAAGGCACUACAGAGGGUAGUGCGUACGGCCCAGUACAUCACUGGGGCCAAGCUUCCUGCCAUCCAGGACCUCUAUACCAGGCGGUGUCAGAGGAAGGCCCUAAAAAUUGUCAAAGACUCCAGUCACCCAAGUCAUAGACUGUUCUCUCUGCUACCGCACGGCAAGCGAUACCGGAGCGCCAAGUCUAGGUCCAAAAGGCUCCUUAACAGCUUCUACCCCGAAGCCAUAAGACUGCUGAACAAUUAAUAAAAUGGCCACCCAGACUAUUUACAUUGACCCCCCCCCCCACUCUCUGUUUAUUAUCUAUGUAUAGUCACUUUACCCCUACCUACAUGUACAAAUUACCUCGACUAACCUGUACCCCUGCACAUUGACUCGGUACCCCCUGUACAUAGCCUCAUUAUUUUGUUACUUUCUAUUUUAUUUUUUACUUUGGUUUAUUUAGUAAAUAUUUUCUUAACUAUUUCUUGAACUGCAUUGCUGGUUAAGUGCUUGUAAGAAAGCAUUUCACGGUAAGGUCUACACCUGUUGUAUUCGGUGCAUGUUACAAAUACAAUUUUAUUUAAUUUAAUUUUGACUUGGCGGAGCCAGCACCAUUGUCAAUAAAACGAGCGGAGUCUUUCGACACAGAAAGAAAGUCAUUCAAGACUUUGAAAGUCAAACCAUCAGGUGUAGUAGUUUGAGAGAGGUACAAAUGCAGCUGCAGAGAGAGACCAAGUUCCUGGUGGUAAUGACAUGAUGUUGUAGGAGUGUUUGCAAAUUGUAUAAAGGCGAAGAUAAUUCACUCACCCAUUGAUCAUUCAGCCUAUUUAAUCCAGGGCGGCAUUGAGUAAAGAGCAGGCACAGUAACAGAUACAUAAUGCUGGUUUUUAGAGGUCUUUCAGCACAGGUGACGACCAGUAGACGUUGUGUACGACGACGUAGAUUUUCCCACAGCCUUAUCAGGUUUUCCAAUCUGGCAACCGCUUCUCUGCUCCUAGCCUUCAGCACCUGCGCUCGCAUAGCAGGCCUUGCGCGCAGAUAGACGCUCCUGACUCGGCACGCUCCAACUCCAAAAAGUUGUAGGCUACAGUUCACGACCGGCCCGAGGCAGAAAAACAAAGGCCUUCUCAAUCAGAAAUAUUUGUACAAGCAAAUUUCGUAAAAUAGAGACGGAGAUCUAAAAAUAAUAGUUGUUAUAUACAGCAUCCACCUUCACAUCAAAAGUGUUUGCUUCUGUAGACAGGAUCAGGGUCAUUAAAACAAAAACUCUUAACUCAGAUGUCAAGGAUCAGACAUACAAACGGACAGACUGAUUGGCUGCCAUCUUGGAGUGACAUAGAUGUAAUGGUAAAAAUAAACAGUUGAGGUAUAACCAGUGAUGUAAUGGUAAAACAAAUAGGGGCUCUAUUCAAUAUGAUCCGCUUUAGCUGAAAUCUACAUAGCUGAUGUUCUGACGGUGUCGGAGGUGGAACUGCCUUAGAGCUGUCCAAUCCCCAAGCGGCUCCUGGCGUUAUACCUAAAGCGGACGUUGCCAUUGGCUGCACGGAGUCACAUUAACUGAAAUCCCAUGCGGCCUUGUUAACCAGUUGGAACACUGUAAUGUGAGAUGUAUUCUACACCUCCAUUAGGAUGCUAGAAAUCCUCAUUUUGUUUAAUGAUUUUUCAAUUUGAGCGCAAUUAUUUCUAUAUAGCCUACACUUCCUCCUUCUGAACUUCUAACGAGAGUGGGGUGGGUGUGGCUUCGUGACAAUGAUCAAGAGCAGCUGCUCACCGAUUUGACAGAUCCCAACGCAGUUACACUUCCGACACCGCCAAAACAUCAGCUACCGCCGGUUAAUGAUCUGGUUGAAUCUGGCUUUAAUCCCUAUUAUUAUUAUUUUUUUAGCUUUAAUUUUAAGAUAAAAUACAUUUGAUUUGAUAAAUGUGAAGUUUAGUGUUUUCGGAGACUCUGGCUCUAGCGUUACUGCUAAUGCAGUCUCCACUAACACAGGAACCUCAGCUUUAAAUGUCAAUCACGCCGUAACGCUGAACUUCCGUGAUACGGAUUGAAUAGGGUGUAGACUUAAUCCAUGUUUUGUUUUGUUCAGAUGGUUUCUUUGUGUCUGGUCUGAACCUGACGGCUGAUCGCUCCUACAUCGCGCUGCACCCCUGUCAGUCCCUGCAGACCCUAACCCUGGCUAACUGGAAGGAGCUCAAGGCGUGGCUGGAGGAACAGGUCCCCGGACCACACCCUAACAGCCUCAACAUCAUAGCAGGAGACUUUAUAGGACCUGUCCCCUUCUGUCCCCUGGUCAUCAAGCUCAAUAGAAAACUGUUACGGCAGCAGAGGAUGGAUCAGAGGACUCUUAAAGCAGAGGAGGACUGA